GCUAGUUGGGCGAAAAGUCACUGUUUAUACCGUAAAGGCUGGAGGACUGCAUCUGCAGGGACGACAAUGUCUGGCAAGCAUAAUUAUAUGGAAGUUGGCGGGGAAAUCUGCAACGGGUCAGAUUUGGCACCAAGUGCAGACGAUCGACGCACCGAGAAAUAUUAAAAUCGAAAAUCCCAAAACGGAAAUAUAACAACAGCAGGGCACAAAACCAGCAUACGCCAAAAAAGUGUAAACAAAAGUGAUAAAGUUUGCAAACAAAACACUCAACCGACCUAUUUGUUGCGCGAAAAGUACAAACUCCUAGCUUUUCACCCGCCACAAACACAUACUAGGUAGUACUGUUUUGAUAGAAACGUGAAUUAUCCGAAGAUAUGAGAGAAGUUAUCAGUGUUAACGUUGGUCAAGCUGGUUGCCAAAUUGGUAAUGCCUGCUGGGAGCUCUACUCGAUGGAGCACGGAAUCACCCCAGAUGGAUACUUGCAAGAGGGCCUCACCAGGCCUAAGGGUGGCGAGGAGGGAUUCUCCACAUUCUUUGCAGAGACCGGCUCCGGAAAGUACGUGCCAAGAGCUCUGUACGUUGAUUUGGAGCCUAACGUCAUUGACGAAGUGCGUACCGGAAAGUACAAGAAUCUGUUCCAUCCAGAGCAGCUCAUCAGUGGUAAGGAAGAUGCUGCAAACAACUAUGCCAGAGGACACUACACGGUGGGAAGGGAAUUGUUGGACGACAUUAGCGACAGACUGAGAAAAAUGACGGAUCAGUGCGAUGGUUUACAAGGUUUCUUGUUUACCCAUUCGCUUGGUGGGGGUACCGGUUCCGGUCUUGGUUCGCUGCUUUUGGAACAAUUCUCCAAUGACUACGGUAAGAAGUCCAAGCUGGAGUUUGCUGUUUACCCUGCUCCCCAAGUUUCCACCUCUGUUGUUGAGCCUUACAACACUGUGUUGACCACACAUACCACUUUGGAGAAUGCAGACUGUACCUUCAUGGUUGAUAACGAGGCCAUUUACGAGAUGUGCCGCAAGAACUUGAACAUUGCCAGACCAAACUUCAACAACCUCAACAACUUAAUUGCGCAAGUUGUGUCAUCUGUGACGGCCUCUUUGAGAUUCGAUGGGUCUUUGAACGUCGACUUGAACGAGUUCCAGACCAACUUGGUGCCAUACCCAAGAAUCCACUUCCCAUUGGUUUCUUACGCUCCAGUCAUGUCCAAGUCCAGAAUUACACACGAGGCCAACUCAGUCGCUGAGAUCACUGCCGCUUGUUUUGAGCCAGGCAACCAGAUGGUCAAGUGCGACCCUAGAUUGGGCAAGUACAUGGCCACCUGUUUGCUGUACAGAGGUGACGUUGUCAACAGAGACGUCCAGAACGCCGUUUCCGUGAUCAAGUCUAAGAAGACAGUCCAACUGGUUGACUGGUGUCCUACCGGUUUCAAGAUUGGUAUUUGUUACCAGAAGCCAACCCAGACUCCGGAAUCUGAGCUCGCAGACGUCAGCAGAGCAGUGUGUAUGCUUUCCAACACCACUGCAAUUGCUGAUGCUUGGCAGAAGGUUGACAGGAAGUUUGACCUGAUGUACAAAAAGAGAGCUUUUGUCCACUGGUAUGUUAGUGAAGGUAUGGAGGAAGGAGAGUUUGCUGAGGCCAGAGAGGAUCUUGCUGCCUUGGAGAGAGACUAUGUUGAGUUGGGAGCAGAUACCUUCCCGGAUGAGGAGGAGGAAUACUAAGCAUGCUGCCCUGGAAUCUUGUCGACUAAUUUUGCUGCUCAAUGUGAGGAUCCUGACAUGUUAUUUGUAUUUGAAUAUUAUA